CAAUCUUAAACGGAUGGAUGACAAGCUCUCUCAUCCUGCAACGGUACCUCCAAUUCGUAGUCAAUUUCUCCUCCAAUCCCAAAACUUCUCUGCAUAUAUUUGUCCGAUCUUGAGAAAUGGCAACAUUUGAGCUGUACCGGAGGUCGACGAUCGGGAUGUGCUUGACCGAAACUUUAGACGAGAUGGUUCAAAGCGGUACGCUCACACCCGAGCUUGCUAUACAGGUCCUUGUUCAAUUCGACAAGUCUAUGACUGAAGCCUUGGAGUUGCAAGUGAAGAGCAAGGUGUCUGUUAAGGGACAUCUGCACACCUACAGAUUCUGCGACAAUGUUUGGACCUUCAUCUUACAAGAUGCUUUGUUUAAGCAUGAUGACAAUCAGGAGAAUGUGGGUCGGGUUAAAAUAGUGGCAUGUGACUCAAAGCUACUCAUUCAAUGAUUCAUCUGAAUCUUUUGUGCAACUCGGUGAGGCGGUAACAAGGUGAAUUGUACGUUGGAAGCAGGAGCCUAGUUACUUGAGAUAUGGGACUAGUGCAUAUUACCAGAUGACUCAUCUUCUCGUUUCCCUACUAUUAUUUACUGUAUUUUUUUUGAAUAUUUGGGAUUAACAAUGUAUGACGUUUGGAUCUGUAUACUGUACUGCUAAUUACUAUUUCCCUUCCUUGAAUUUACUGCAGAAUGAUUUUUAUGUAACUAUACUUAUCUUCAGAGGAUGAUAUAGUGCAUUUUGAAUAAAAUAUUUCUAGUUGUAAUUA